AUGGCUCAGCCAAUGAGAAGCUGCGGGGGGCGGGGCAUAGAGUCACCCAGCAACACAACAGAGUCCUCUUCAAACGGAAACCAGGACCAGGACCGGCAGCACACAGCGGAAUGGAGCAGAACCAGGACCCGGAGGACUCCAGUAGACCAGCAGCAGGCUCUGAUAGCACCGAUGUUCAGACGUUCCAAUAACCGAGCAGCUACUGGUCCCUUCGUAACCUUGAAGUCCAUCGACGCAUUCACACUGGAGAAAAGCCAUACUGGUGUGACCAAUGUGGGAAAACCUUUUCUCACAGUUCUAGCCUUAAAAGACACCAACGGGUUCACACUGGAGAGAAACCCUAGUGUCGGAUCAAAGUUCCUGGUGUUGGUCUGUUCUCUUAAAGCCUCCUGCGACUCCCUCACUGUCACAGCCAAUGAGAAGCUGCGGGGGGCGGGGCAUAGAGUCAGCCUGCAACACAACAGAGUCCUCUUCAAACGGAAACCAGGACCAGGACCGGCAGCACACAGCGGAAUGGAGCAGAACCAGGACCCGGAGGACUCCAGUAGACCAGCAGCAGGCUCUGAUAGCACCGAUGUUCAGGAAGGAAGAGAGAGACUCAAACGGCACCACUGUAAGCUCUGUGACAAAACCUACUCAACAGCUGGACAUUUAAAAGUUCAUCUCCGCAUCCAUACUGGAGAGAGACCUUACAGCUGUGACCAAUGUGGGAAUACUUUCAAUCAGAUACAAAACCUGAGAAUGCAUCAACUUAUCCAUACUGGGGAGAAACCAUACAGCUGUGACCAAUGUGGGAAUGGCUUCAGUAGGCUGCAUACCCUGAGAAUGCAUCAACGCAUUCAUACAGGAGAGAAACCUUACAGCUGUGACCAAUGUGGGAAGACUUUCACCUGCUUACAAGGCCUGAGACCACAUCAACGCAUACACACGGGAGAGAAACCUUACAGCUGUGACCAGUGUGGGAAUACUUUCAGUCGACUACAGAGCCUGAGAGAUCAUCAACGCAUCCACACUGGAGAGAAACCUCACAGCUGUGACCAAUGUGGAAAAACUUUUUCUCAGAGUGGUAGCCUUGAAGUCCACCGACGCAUUCACACUGGAGAGAAGCCGUACUGGUGUGAACAAUGUGGGAAAUCCUUUUCUCGGAGUUCUCACCUUAAAAAACACCAACGGGUUCACACUGGAGAGAAACCCUAGUGGUGAGACUAAGGCAGGAAAACUUUUUCUCUGAGUGUUUUUUUUUUAGAUAAAAUGAAAGUUGUUGAGCAUUAUUAGUAGC